AUGGGUCUAGAGGUUCAGGUUCAGUCAGAGUUUGAAUCAGAAGAUUCAUAUUCAAUUCUCCUAUUUGGUGGUGGCGCCCUAACUCUGGUUUAUUUAGCGACGGCCAUUGUUGGAUCCAUUGAUUCUAUCCCUGUGGUGUGUAGUACGUAUUCAUUUUUCUUACAGAAGAUUGAAUUCCCUAAAUUGAUGCAAGUUGUGGGUCUUGCCUACACAUUCUGGUUCAGCACCCGCUACCUAAUGUUUAAGAGAAAUAGGGAAGAAUUGGCUGCCAAAAUUGAAGAAAUUAAGGAGCAGGUCCUAGGUUAA